AUGGAGAGAUUAGUCUUGUCAGGUUGCGACAUAGGCCAAUUCCCAAAUUUCUUGAAGACCCUUCAUAACUUGGAGCUUAUUGACAUUUCUCACAAUAAAAUCAAAGGGAAAGUCCCUAAGUGGUUUUGGACCCUUCCGCAUCUGCUCGUGGUGAGGCUUGCUAACAAUUCUCUCAACGGUUUCGAAGGUUCUUCAGCAGAGGUUUUAGUAAACUCAUCGGUGCAGAUAUUAAGCUUGGCAUCAAAUAACUUUAAGGGACCAUUUCCUGAUCCACCACCCUUUAUCAACCUCUUGAACGCACGAAACAAUAGUUUCACUGGGAAUAUACCACUUUCAACAUGCAACCGCAGCCCUUUCACGCUUCUUAUUCUAUCUUAUAACAACUUCACCGGUCAAAUUCCUCAAUGCCUAUGUAACUUUAGGAUAGUGAAACUCCGGAAGAACAACUUGGAAGGAAGUAUCCCGGACAUGUUCUAUGUUGGUGCCUCUAUGCAGACACUUGACAUUGGCUACAAUCAACUAACCGGAAAGCUUCCAAGGUCUCUAGUAAAUUGCUCUCGUCUUCAGUUUCUAAGCGUUGACAACAACAUUAUCAAAGACACAUUUCCUUUUUGGCUCAAGGUGUUACCGAAUUUGCAAGUUCUUACCCUCAGUUCAAACAAAUUAUAUGGUCCUAUGUCUCCUUAUGAUCAAGGACCUCUAGGGUUUCCCGAGCUGCGGAUACUUGAUAUAUCACAUAACAAUUUUAGUGGAAGUUUGCCACCAAACUACUUUAUGAAUUGGGAAGAAUUAUCUCACAAGAUGACUGAAGAUGGGAGUUUAUAUAUGGUAUACAACAAGGAAGCUUACAAGAAUGUUUACUAUAUAUAUGAAGAUGUUAUAGAUUUGCAAAACAAAGGUCUAUUUAUGGAGCAAGUGAAAGUGCUCACUCUCUAUGGCGCCAUUGAUUAUUCAGGAAACAGAUUUGAAGGACAAAUUCCUGAAUCUGUUGGUCUCUUGAAGGGAUUGAUUGCGCUCAACUUGUCGAACAACGCAUUUACAGGCCAUAUUCCUCUGUCUUUGGAAAAUCUUACGGAGCUCGAAUCAUUAGACCUUUCAAGAAACAAACUCUCAGGGACUAUUCCUAAUGGACUAGGGAGCCUCUCCUUUGUUCUAUUUCCUAGUCAAUAA